GCUUCAGGUCCCUGAGACAGAAAGCUCUGCGUGGACCCCCCCCCCCCAUAACUCCAGCUUUAAGGCGUGGUUGUUUUAAAUAUCAGAACACAGCUUCAGAUCCUUCUCUUAGUCUCUCAUAACUAACAAUGGAUGAUGCUGAACUGGAGAGAAGUUUAAAAGCUUUCCUGAAGGAUGCAGAGGAUUUCAGAAGGAAUGCUUUCCUGAUUAUCAAUGAGAUGGUGUUGAAGAGUACACAUCCUACUACUAUAUUAGUGGACGAGGUUCUUCACAGCAUCUUCUUCUUGGGAAAGAUCAACACGCCGCAUUUUCCCCAGAAGAGACUCUGGUUGAUGAUGAAGUGCUACGUGCAUUUAAGUUCCGAUACCCUUGUGCUUUUUUCCCUCUAUUCCUCCGAGGUACCCCGGCGGAGUCCAUUUUCAUGUUUGCUCGACAUGGUUGUCACCCAGGCUGGACGAGACAACGAAGUAAAAAUCAUAAAGGAGCUGAGAAGGUUUGUUGGUGGACUGAAGGGGAGAAAAAACAAAAAGCCUCUGGUCUCCAAAACCAUCUGUGUCUCUCAGAGCAGAAGCCCAGGUUCAGUCAGGUACUACGGAGUCUCCAUGUCCACUUGUUAUGAAGCAAAGACAAUCCUGAUUGGUGCUUCCUGUCUCGGAUACUGGCACGAAUACGUAGCUGAUGCAGUGAUGACCUUCUAUCCAGAGCCAGGUAGUGAGCAAUAUGUCAGAAAGCCAUAUUUCAAUGGAACCAUCAGAGUCCCAGAGCAGGUCCGGUGUGAAACCUUUGAUCUCUAUGACAAAGCAUCAACGUUAGUAGUAAAGCCUCCUUGUAGACUAUGUCGUGACAUGUUUGGUUUGGGACAACCGAACAAGGCCGAGAUGGCCCCAUGCUGUUACCAUGACAACAAAGAUAUGAAUGCAUGGAUGGUCCUGGUGGACCCGGUCCGGUUGGUUCUCAGCCGGUCCUGUUGGACCUGGUCCAGCCGUCCUGUUGGACCUGGUUCCUCAGCCGGUCCUGUUGGACCCGGUCCAGCCGGUCCUGUUGGACCUGGUUCUCAGCCGUUCCUGUUGGACCUGAUGUUCUGA